CGCACCAAGUUUGGUUUUUCGUCUUGGCUUUCUCAAGGACAGAAUAAAGACAAAGUGACAAUCAUGGGUGAUAAAAGUGAACGUACGCUUGUGAUGGUCAAACCUGAUGGGGUUCAACGAGCUCUUGUUGGGGAAAUCAUCCGUCGCUUCGAGCAGAAGGGAUUCAAACUUGUUGGCAUGAAAUUCAAAAAGCAAACUGAAGAUCAUUACAAGCAGCAAUACAAGCAUCUCAGCUCCAAGCCAUUCUAUGCUGGUCUGUGCAAGUUCAUGUCGACUGGACCUGUUGUCGCUGUGGUUUUGGAAGGCCAAGGAGUGAUAAAGACUAUCCGAAGCAUGAUGGGUGAAACAGACCCUGCCGACUCUAAAGCAGGAACCAUCAGAGGCGACUAUUCGGUUUCCAUUUCAAGGAACGUCUUACACGCCAGUGAUUCGCUAGAAACUGCAAAGCGGGAGAUUCCCAUGUGGUUUGAUGCCUCGGAGAUCUUUGAUUGGUCAGGCAAUGCAUGGGUCUACGAGUAAACGAGAUGAUUACUUACCGGAUGCUUACCGGAAUGUGAUAUUGUGAAAUUGGAUUCAAAGGAAUAUUAAACGCUUUAUUGGUUUA